AUGGGAAAGGCGAAGAAAACAAGAAGGUUUGCCGAGGUCAAACGCUUAUUAAAUCCUAACGAUUCAAGAUUGCCACAAGUAGCCUCUUCUUUAUUCUUUAGACAUAAUGCAGCUUUAGGUCCACCUUAUCAAAUUUUGGUGGACACAAAUUUUAUUAAUUUUUCAAUUCAAAAUAAAUUGGAACUUGUUCAGGCUAUGAUGGAUUGUCUUUAUGCUAAAUGUAUUCCAUGUAUCACAGAUUGUGUAAUGGCUGAAUUGGAGAAAUUAGGACCGAAAUACAGGAUCGCACUUCGGGUCGCGCGUGAUCCAAGGUUUGAAAGACUACCGUGUUCUCACAAGGGAACAUAUGCAGAUGAUUGUUUACAUAAAUGUUAUAUUAUAGCAACAUGUGAUAAGGACUUAAAACGCCGUAUUCGCAAAAUUCCUGGCAUUCCUAUAAUGUAUAUUUCUAAAAGAAAAUAUACAAUUGAAAGAUUACCAGAAAAUUACG